AAAAAAAUGGGGGGAAUCGAUUAUUCGAAUUUAGUGUUGGAGGAAAGACAUUCACUGCACUAGUUGAUUGCAUCUUGUUUGAAUCAUUACUCGUCGGCCGCGGAAAAGUCUGUGCUCGGUUUUGAAAUCAAAACGUAACGCGAAUGGCAGGAGGUAAAGCUGGAAAGGACUCUGGUAAAGCAAAGGCUAAGGCAAUUUCUCGGUCACAUCGCGCAGGCCUUCAAUUUCCUGUCGGUCGUAUCCAUCGUCAUUUGAAAGCACGCACUACUAGCCAUGGAAGAGUUGGGGCUACUGCUGCAGUCUAUUCAGCAGCUAUUCUAGAGUACCUGACUGCAGAAGUUCUCGAACUAGCUGGAAAUGCAAGUAAAGACUUGAAAGUCAAACGUAUAACACCUCGGCAUCUACAGUUGGCCAUUCGUGGAGAUGAAGAACUUGACACAUUAAUCAAGGCAACCAUUGCAGGUGGUGGCGUUAUCCCCCACAUCCACAAGUCCCUUAUCGGCAAGAAAAUACCUCCACCUAAACCCCUUUCAAUGUAACAAGAUUCAUAACAUGAAUUUUAUUGUAUUACUUCUCACAUUUCUAUCGGUUACAUUAUUUUUAAAGAGGGUAUGUCUCCCCUCAAACGUAUGAACCCUAUUGCAUUAUAUGUGUGAAGUAGUAGAUUUAUUCAGACCUAUUUUAUUAUCUGUCUGUAUGUUCAUAUUUGUAAGUAAAUGUCGAAAUUAAAUUUCCAUUCUCUU